GUGUGUGUUCGGGGACCUCCUCCAUCACAGACCUUCCUUCUAAUCCACGCUGCUGGCGGAGUUUCAACUUUGACACUUUUUUCCCCCUAUUCCUUUGCUUCAAGAGUUCGGAUUUGGGCUUUUUGAGAAGGUUGAAAACAUGCUUCGGUGCACAGCAGUUCUACUUGUACUGAUGGUGGCCUUAUACGUCCUGAGUGCAGAAGCCUACAAGUGUCGGUGCACCAGGAAAGGACCAAAGAUCCGGUACAAGGAUGUGCAGAAGCUGGAGCUCAAACCCAAAUACCCCUACUGCCAGGAAAAGAUGAUAUUUGUGACCAUGGAGAACGUGGCUCGCUUUAAGGGUCAAGAGUACUGCUUGCACCCCAAACUUCAGAGCACCAAGAACCUAGUCAAGUGGUUCCACAUCUGGAAGGACAAGCACAGGGUUUAUGAGGCCUAAAUCUUCAACGUCUUGUUGUCACGAGAAGAAGAAAAAUUGUUCAAAAAAGGCAUUAAAAAACAACAACAACCAUCAGGACUGUUUAUGAUGUCUCGCAUUUCUGCAGUGCAUUGUCCUCUUCGUCUGUGGAAACUAUCCAGACAUAAAUUUCAUAAAUAUUACAUGACUUUUUAAUGAUGUUUUAACGUUUUUAUUGUUGUUGCCACACAAAUAUACAAAGUACCUACAAAUAUGUACAACAUGCAUUACUCCUAUUUUUAUGCAUUCCAAUGUAAAGUGCAUUUUGUAAACAUUUUAGUCUUUAUCGACUUUCUAGUAUCAUGUGUUUAAAAUGCAUUAUAGUUGUUUUGAUAUUUAAUUGGAAUGUUUUUGAGGGGUGAGAGUGGGUGGGUUGAUCAACACACUGUAUUCCAUUGUGUGUAUUCAUAAUAUUAAACAGAGCAAUAAAGUGUCCACUGAG